AUCACAACAAAAGAGACACACAACUCAAGCGGGGACACACGGCAUCAGAUACACAACAGGGACUCUGAAAUCAGGAGCGUCUUGCAAAUCGUUUGUGGUCGUUUUGUGUUCUUGCAAGGCAUGCCUGAGGUGGAGCACACACGAUUCCCAUCCAGGGAGGACAGACACAACCCACCAGAUCAGGCAGAUCUUCAAACCGUCUGCCCCGGCAGACGUCGCAGUUGUGCCCUGGUUAACUCUCCCUCACCGUGUGUCAACAAAGCUAUUUACCACAUCCAGGAGCUGAAGAGGAAAGUGGAGAUUUGGUGUCAACAGCCGGGGAAGAAUAUUCCCCACUGGACUCCCGACAAGAAGCAAUUCAGCAAAACUUUCAGGUUUCGUACCAGUGACCCAGAUGCAGGAUCCAUCAUAUCUACAGAGUUGUACAUCGAAGGCAUUGGACUCACCUUAAGGGCGGGCAGCGGGCCGUGGUCACCGCUCCGCAGGGAGACGGGCGAUGCGCUGGUGGAGGUGGUGUACCUGCUGGAGCGGCUGGAGGCCGACCGGCAGGACGGCGAGGACACCCUGCUGACGGAGAAGGGGCGGAGGAAGCGGCUGGAGAAGCGGCUCCGCGGCGUGGCGCUCUGGAAGCAGCACGAGCACGCCACCGCCGUCCAGAAAGAGCACGAGGCGUGCAUCCGGGACAUCAGCGAGCUCCAGUGGCACCUGAAGCACCGGCGGGCGGCGGCCGAGGCCCAGCGGGGGAAGCUGGCCGGCCUGGAGCUGGUGAACGGGCGCCUGCGCGAGGACAUCGCCGCGGCCCAGACGCAGGCCCCCCUGCUCGGGGAGAAGACGGAGCAGGAGACCCGCCUCCUGGAGGACCUCACCGCCGCCCAGACCCAGGCUGAUUGUGUUCAUGAAGAGGGCAGCAGUAGUCUCCAGUUACUAAAGGAGCAGCUGAAGAAGAUGGAGAAAAUCCACAGCACCGGGAAGAAAGACAUGAGCUCCCAACUGAUGGACAUCAAGAUCCAACAGGCCAGCCGAGAAAUGGAGUUCAAACAGUUAAAGAUACUUUGGGAAAAGCAGUGCGUUUAUCUGAAGGAGACGCAGGAGUUAGUGGCGCUGAGGGAACAACAGUGCGCCGCCAUACAGAACCGUGUUCCUGAAAUGGAGGCGCUUGAGUCUAGUGCGGGCCAACAGACGCUGGAGGGCGAGGAGGAGGUCGCCCGCCUGGAGGCCGCGGCCCAAUCAAAACGCAUGGUUCUCUCGGCCAUCAGCGAGGAAAACCUCCAGAACCAAAUGGAAGAGGAGGACCUCCUCAAGAAGACGUCGGACAGCGUGAAGGCGGUGAAACAGAUGCAGAAGGACAAGAAGCUGAUGGUCAAGACGAUCAGGGAGAAGGAGGACCAGAGGGAGGCCAUCCAGGUGGAGUUGACCCAGGUGGUGGACCACCACACCGCUACCAAGGCCCGGCUGGAUGAGCAGCAGGAGAUCGCCCUCAAGGAGGAGGAGAAGAACAGGACAGCCAUCGACAGCCUGAAGAAGGAGCUGGCAAACCAGAUGAAAGCCAGGGCCCUUGUACAGAGCCAAUGUGCAAUGAUCACUGAAGAAUUACAGCGGGCGCGCUGGAGCUCAGAGCAAGCCAAUCGGAAACUACACCAGGAGCACGAGGAGGCGAGGGCUUCUAGCAGGUUGCUGGAGACCCGCAUUCAGAGGCUGAGGAAGCUCUACCAGCAGAAAACACAGAAAAUUAAGAAUUUGAAGGAGCGUUUUGGGGAAAUGCAGCGUAAACACCAGAAGACUUCGGCCAAACUCGAAGCGGAGAAAAACCUCAAAGUCGACCGAUUGAACGCUAUGAAGGAGUCCUUCACUGCCACUACAGAGAGGUUUGACUACGCUCUGAGCAGGACCAGUGACCUAACAAGCAAGUCCGAUGAGUACAACGUGUCCACGCAAACGAUGGAGAAAACGGCCAAAACCCUCGGGAAACGCGUCGAACAUCUCCAGGCAGUUUUUGACAUGGUGGCAUUCCAGCAGCAAUCAGCCACUGGGCUAAUGAACACUCUGCAGUCAGAUAUGAAGAACUGUCUGCAGAGAACGCAGCACUGCGAGGCCGUCCACACAGCUCACUACGCUGCGAGACAAAGGAAAAUGGAAGACACGAAGGAGGCCCUGAAACAGGCGCUGAGGGCCAACGCCGCGUUGGCCCAACGGUACGGCGAGCUCCAGCAGAACCUCCUGACGGCCAGGACGGAGGCGGCCCGCGUGCUUCACCAGAGGAACCUCGCAGAGGGCACCUUCCAGUUCAGCGCACAGCUGUCUUUGUUGCAGGGGAGGAUGCACCAGGCUAUGGUGAAAUACUUCAAACAGCGCCGGCUUUACAGCCGGGCUGAGCUGGCCCGCUGCCAGGCUCUCUCUCAGGAGACGGACCGGAGAGUCGGAGCAGCACAGGGCGACUUGUCAGCGGCCAUCCGGCGCCUCUCUGCGUUCCAGCGGUCGUUGACGGACGACUCCGCCGCCGCCGCCGCCGUUGAUGACGAUGACGAUGAUGACGGCGGUGAUGGCGUCGUGGUCAACAGACGCGCCGCCCUGCGUGUCGCCUUCAAGCUCAGCUCGGCAAACGCCCUCGCACCACGGCCGCGGCCGUAA